AUGGCCUCAGAUAGCUCUGCGUCAGGGCCUCCCUCGACGCCGACGGCCCCUGCUGAGAAACCUUCCGCUCUCCCCGUCAACAUCCUCCCCUCGCCGGUUGCGCGCAUCUACUCCGUUGUGCACCCAGCACUCCUCCUCACAUUAUGUGCCACGCGAUUUGAAGCAUUGGUGGAAGACCCCACCAAGGAGCUUCUCGUGACCCUGCCAUGGCUCACUCUUAUUCAAAUCUCCUACGCGGUGAUCUGUCUUCCGCCCGCUGGAUCGACACCGUCAACAGAGUCGAGCGCGUCCUCCCCGGCUGAGGGCAAGACCAGCCCUCGGUUGCCAUCUGGACCUAGUGGCUCUCGCCAUGGAAAAGCCAGCAAGCGCAAGCAGCACACCAACAGCUGGGCGUGCAUUUGGUCCCGGUUAUUGCCGGCCACACUAUCGCUCUCCCUGACCUUCUUCAUAGCCACUCCAGUGCUGGCCCUCCUUCUCGUCCUAUUCGGCGCCCCCCUCACAACACACAAUGCCGAGACCGUCUUGUGUGCAGCCCACAUGGCCGUUCUCAGCGCCACAGCUUUGAUCUAUGCCCACGGUACAGACCGCGGGGUGUGGAACGAAGUUUGGGGUAUUGCUCGUCCAGCAGACGCGGUUUGGGGUGGUGCACUCGGUGCUGGCUUGGGGGCGUGGUUUGGCGCCAUCCCCAUCCCUCUUGAUUGGGACCGACCAUGGCAGGCAUUCCCGAUCACGAUCCUCGUUGGAGCUUACAUUGGAUACGCACUUGGCUCUCUUCUAUCUCGCACCCCCUUGCUCUAUGGUAAGCGAAUCCAAUUUACUGCAGAGGAGCUGGGAAACAAGGAAAAGAAGACCAACUAA